AUGUCAAAUCAAGAGAAACAAAUUUCUAAUUUGGACGAUUCAUUAGAAACAACUAAAUCUCCAACAACUACUAAACAAAAUGAUGUCAUAUUCACAAAAUCAUUAGAUGAUGAUAGUGAAAAGAAUUCAAAUUCAAAUAAUGAAUUAACAAGUUCAAUGGGUGAAGAUGAUGAAGGUAGAGAACCAACAGAAUAUGAAUUAAAAACUUUAAAACAUGUAUCAGAUUCAAUACCAUUAAGUGCUUGGUUAAUUGCUAUUGUUGAAUUAGCUGAAAGAUUUUCUUAUUAUGGUUUAUCAGCUCCUUUUCAAAAUUAUAUGCAAAAUGGUCCAGAUGAUAAUCCUCAUGGUUUAUUACAAUUAAAACAACAAGGUGCUACUGCUUUAUCAUAUUUUUUCCAAUUUUGGUGUUAUGUAACUCCGAUUUUUGGUGGUUGGUUAGCUGAUACUUAUUGGGGUAAAUAUAAAACAAUUUUUGUUGCUUGUAUUAUUUAUGUUGUUGGUAUAUUGAUUUUAUUUAUUACUUCAAUUCCUUCAAUAACAAGUAAAAAUACAGCAACUGGUGGAUUUAUAGCUGCUAUUAUUAUUAUUGGUAUUGGUACUGGUUUAAUUAAAACUAACGUUUCACCAUAUUUAGCUGAUCAAAUUCCAAAAAGAAAAGCUUUUAUAAGAGUUAAAAAAAAUGGUGAAAGAGUUAUUGUUGAUAAUGCAUUAACUAUGCAAAGAGUUUUUGCAACUUUUUAUAUGUGUAUUAAUAUUGGAAGUUUAAGUGUUAUUGCAACAACAAAUAUGGAAAAACAUAUUGGAUUUUGGUCAGCUUAUUUAUUAACUUUUUGUUUUUUCUUUUUUGCAAUUGCUUCAUUAAUUAUUGGUAAAAAUAGAUCAAUUAAUAUUCCAGUUGGUGAUAAGAUUAUUAAUGAAACUUUUAAAAUGUCAUUUAAAGCUAUGAAAGAUGGUUUUAGUUUUAAAAAUGUUAAAUCGGAUAUUGUAUCACCAGAUGAAAUUAAAAGAGCACUUUAUGCUUGUAAAAUUUUCUUAUUUUAUCCAUUUUAUUGGGUUACUUAUGGUCAAAUGGUUAAUAAUUUUGUUUCAUCAGCUGCUAGUAUGAGAGCUCAUCAUUUACCAAAUGAUAUUUUACAAGCUAUUAAUUCAAUUGCUAUUAUAAUUUUUAUCCCAUUAUUUGAAAAAUUCCUUUACCCAUUUGUUAGAAGAUGGACUCCAUUCAAACCAAUUACUAGAAUUACUUAUGGUUUUAUGUUUGGUGCAGGUGCAAUGGUUUAUGCUGCAGUUUUACAACAUUUUAUUUACACUUCUGCUCCAUGUUAUGAUCAACCAGGUAAUUGUCCAGAUGGUAAUAAUAUUCAUAUAGCUUGGCAAACCCCUGCCUACUGUUUAAUUGCUAUUUCAGAAAUUUUUGGUAGUGUUACUGGUUUAGAAUACUCGUAUUCAAAAGCUCCAAUCCGUAUGAAGUCAUUUAUUAUGUCAUUAUUCUUAUUCACAAACGCAAUUGGUUCAGCUUUAGGAAUUGCGUUAUCACCAGUUAGUACUGAUCCUAAAAUGGUCUGGACAUAUUCAGGUUUAGGUGUAGCUUGUUUCAUUGCUGGUGUUAUGUUCUGGUUCAUUUACAGAGGUUAUAAUGCUAAGGAGGAAGAAUGGAAUGGUAUGGAAUUUAAUCAAGAAAAUACAGAUUCCGGAUUAGUUCCUGUUACUUCAUUAACUAAAUCUAUUAAAAGCUUAACUUAA